AUGGACGACGAUUUUCGAACGUCGGUUAUACGCAAACCGAGCGCCAAACAACUCCGGCCACAGCUCAGCCAGCAUCGGCUGGAUGACAUGUUUGGCAGAUCGCAGCUUUCGACGGUACGUGAAACUGAGUCGGAACACGCGCCUCAAAGAUUACUGAAAACCAAAAAAUCCAAGCUGCUCGCAAAAUACAAAGAUGACGACUUUGAAGACGAUCAGUGGGAGCAAUUUGAGAACAUGGACCUUGGCGAGCGGCUGAAGCAAAGAAGAGAACACAAGGACACAUUCGCAUCGCGCUCUCAAAGCAGCCAUUCUAUCUCGUCGGGAUUCAGCAGCAUAUCCGCCAACAGCUCUCAGUUCGUGGAGUCUGAUACAGAACACAGCGACUAUGCUGAAGACUUUGAUGAUCUGGAGCAGAAUCUUAAUUUGGCCCAAAAAUUGGAGCUUCGUCGCCAACAGGCGGAGAAGUUAGCAGAUCUCACGCGACGCGCUUCCAGAUUAUACCUGGACGAUAAACGUACCUAUGAAGAAGAGUUCGAUGACUUCAAACCAUCAGGGCCACAAAACAUUCGUCAUUUCAAAGUGGUGAGCCCGAAAAAAGUGCGCAACAAGUCCUCAACUCCGAUUCUUUCAAACGAAUUCGGUCGCCGCUCGCUCCGCAAGUCGUCCUCGACAAUGGACAUUCCUCGCUCGAGUCUUUCGCGCUCUUUACAUCGUACUAUGUCAACGAUGGACCUGAUGCCGAUGACGCGCGUUAAGAAAUAUACAUCAGAGUUCGACGAAAUUGACGAUUUUCCAGAAGACUUGACCAUCACUCUAUCCGAUUACAAAAAGCUGAAACGCAAGAGUCGCGCUCUAGACCUGUCUAAAUAUGCCGAAAAGGAUACCCGUUCUCGUCGCACUCAGUUUGCAGAUCCGUCAGUGACUAACAGCACACGAUUAACCAAGGAAGGGAAGCUCAAGAUGAUCCGAUCUCUGGGACGCGCCAGGGCUCGUCAAGUCAUGGGCGGCAUGGUCUACGAUCCAGAUGAAAUGAAGUGGCAGGGAAACGAAGAGGAUUUGAGUCUGUUUGAGUCACAGAUGUCGAGAAGGCCCGCGCUGUUAAAAAAGUCCUCGAUGCCACGAAGUCAGAGUAGCAAGAAUUUGCAAGUUGUCGGAAACAUGGUAUACGACGACGAAAAGCUUCGCUGGGUCAGCAUGACAGGCAAGUACGAAGAUGACCCUUUUGCAAAUUUUGAUGAUACCAUUAAAGAUCCACCAAAGAGAAAGAAAGAGCCUAAAAAUGCUCCCAAAACAGCCCAUACCGAGCACUUCCGCAUAUCGGACGAUCUGUACAGAAGCUGGAAACUUGAACACCAGCGCUGGGCGCGCAAGGUCAGCAACUGGUUUCCUGCUGACAACGAGGGAUUUGCUUAUUGUUAUGAGCUAAAGACAUUUUUAAAUGAUAAUUAG